CUUUAUUGUGAACAGUUUGAUCUGUAUACGUCGCGUAAGCGUAUAUUAUAUUCAAGUAAUUAAAAGGAGAACUUCCCCCACUCCCAAGAGAAUCGUCUUCCAGCAUGGGCAACAUACACACAACGGGCCCCAAUGAGGCGUUAAUUGUUUCAGGUGGCUGCUGCGGUUCCACAAAGAAGCGGACAAUCGUCGGAGGCUGGGCAUGGGCCUGGUGGCUGGUGACGGACGUGCAGCGUCUCUCCCUCAACGUGAUGACCCUGAAUCCGAUGUGCGAGAACGUGGAGACCGCUCAGGGUGUUCCAUUGACUGUGACGGGUGUGGCGCAGUGCAAGAUCAUGAAGUCAUCUUCGUAUAAAAAUAAAGAUUAUACAAACGACGAGGCCGACGAGCUGCUUGGCACGGCCAGUGAACAAUUUCUGGGCAAGAGCGUCAAGGAGAUAAAGCAAACGAUCUUGCAAACGCUGGAGGGACACUUGCGCGCCAUAUUGGGAACGCUUACAGUCGAAGAGGUGUACAAAGAUCGCGACCAGUUCGCUGCAUUGGUCCGCGAGGUGGCCGCACCUGAUGUCGGACGCAUGGGCAUCGAGAUCCUCUCGUUCACCAUCAAGGAUGUCUACGAUGAUGUGCAGUACUUGGCCUCGCUGGGCAAGGCGCAGACGGCGGUGGUGAAGCGCGAUGCUGAUGCCGGUGUCGCCGAGGCGAAUCGUGACGCCGGCAUUCGGGAGGCCGAGUGCGAGAAGAGCGCCAUGGAUGUGAAAUACUCGACGGACACGAAAAUCGAGGACAACACGCGCAUGUACAAACUGCAGAAGGCCAAUUUCGAUCAGGAGAUCAACACGGCCAAGGCUGAGUCACAGUUGGCCUACGAACUGCAGGCGGCCAAGAUUCGCCAGAAGAUCCGUAACGAGGAGAUCCAAAUCGAUGUCGUCGAGCGUCGCAAGCAGAUCGAAAUCGAGUCUCAGGAAGUUCAGCGCAAGGAUCGCGAGCUUAUCGGCACUGUCAAGCUGCCCGCCGAGGCUGAGGCUUAUCGUGUGCAGACCAUUGCCCAGGGCAAGCAAUGCCAGACCAUCGAGGGAGCACGCGCUGAAGCCGAGCGCAUUCGCAAGCUGGGUUCAGCCGAGGCUCAUGCCAUCGAGCUGGUGGGCAAAGCGGAGGCAGAACGCAUGAGGAUGAAGGCGAAUGUGUACAAACAGUACGGCGAUGCGGCCAUUAUGAACAUUGUGCUCGAGUCGCUGCCCAAGAUUGCUGCUGAGGUGGCCGCACCGUUGGCCAAGACGGAUGAGAUUGUGCUGAUCGGUGGCAACGAUAAUGUGACCAACGAUGUCACUCGUCUGGUGGCCCAACUGCCGCCCUCGAUCAAUGCCUUGACCGGAGUGGAUCUGUCCAAGGUGCUGUCGAAGAUACCCGGAGCCAAGGCGUGAAAUCUGCUUGAAUGGGAUGUGCAACAAAUGGCAAUGACGACGUAACCCCCCAAGAAAAGGAAUUGCAAAAUGGAUGAAGCGAAAUGAAACGACAGAACGACAUCAAAAGAGAUAGAAAUAGAGAUAGAGCGAUAGAGCGUUAGGCGUAGAGCGCGCGAGCGAGUGAGUGAGAAAGAGAGAGAGAGAGCGAAAGAGAAAACCACUUGUGAUGGUUACACAAAAGGAAGAGUCUAAAGAUAAUCUAUAUAAAAGAACACACAACUACAGUAAAACUAAAUGAAAAAGAAAAAGUAAAACAUAAAAUGAGAGAAUAACAGUUAUAGCAAAAUGUACUCCGAUAUUACGUGUCAGUGUGUCUAUGUGUGUCUGUGCGUGUAUGUGUGUGUGUUAAUACGCAGAUCUGUAUAAGGAUCAGCAAUAUAAACAAACAAUCGAAACUUUUGCAUUUCGCACGCAUUCGCAAAACGCAUUUUGUGGCCUUUUCUCGAUUAAUAAGAAAUACCAAAAACAACAAAAAAACAAAAAGAACAACAGCUAUAAAAAGCAAAAAAAAACGUAGAACUCAUUGUGCGUAGUUUGUUGGUAUUGAUAAUAACUAUAUACUAUAUAUAUUUACAUGUCAUUUGUCAAUCUUGUAAUCGCUGUCAUUUAGUUCAUAAGCAUAACAACAAGAAACGGAAACAUCUAAUACAGCAACGCACAACGAUCAUCAAAUAGUUUUGAUUCAAGCAUUCGGAUCGGCAGUCGGAUCGGCAGGAUCGGCAGGAUCGGCCAACACUCUUUUCGACCGUCUCUAUUCAGUUCAAACUACAACAACUGCCUCAACAACAACAGCAACAGCAACAACAUCAACAUCAACAACGACGUCAACGUGCCAAAUGAUGGGCACCCUAAUACACACACACGCACACACACUUACACACACUCACACAUUCAGUUGAUGCACUUUCCAACACUACUUUUUCAAUGAGGCCGCUCUUCCACACACACUCUCAUACACACACACACACACUCAAACGAUACGCGUUCAAUUCAAUAUUUUUUUCUAUUAUAAUAUUAUGAAUAUCAUUAACAAUUUUUGUACGUUUUACAACACUAUUUAUGUUUAAAUUUUGUUUAGCCCCCGUGUUUUCUGUUCCAUCUGCAUUUCACAUUUUGUUUUUUAGUUCUUAGCAAAGAAAACACUUGAAAUUACCAAAACCUUAACAAAACAUACAAAAAAAUAUAUAUAUAAAAAAAAAAAAACAACUUAAAUUUAGUUAAAACAAUUUUUGUGAAUCUACAUUGUCUUUGUACCCACUUUAAACGCGUGAUAUUUGCCGCAAAAUAUCACAAAAAUAUAUAAAUACGAAUAAUUAAGAAAUAUUAAAGUUUUCUUCUCAGCAUUUCGAAUGUUUUUUGUUUUUCUUCAUCCAUUGAACUUGUUUUUCUUUUUGUUUUGUUUUCUUACUUCAUUUGCUAGAAUAAUUAAUCAAAGGCUGCAAAACAGUUGACAAUUUUACAGAAGAAUUCUCUGUCGACAGCUAUUUAAAGACUUUCAACACGAUUGAUUCUCUUCCUCUUCAAACACUCAAUCGAAUUGAGCUUGUGAUUUUCUUUUCUAUGAAAUGAAACCAUAUUUUUUUUCCACCUUAGAAUUGAAUCUAAUGAACUCUUCGUUUAAGAACUCAUUAGGUCGGAAAUUUAAUAUAUAUUUUUU